AUGAAGUCGGUGUCGGUAUAAAAAGAAAAAACCGUAAACGAUAACAAACACGCAAAACACGUGGGUCCGAACAAAAUUUAGUUUCGGAUUGUUUUUCGAAAAUAUUUGAAAAUUAAAGAACCGGAAACAACAGAGGCGUGAAUUUUAUAACCAAAACACCGCCGGCAACAUGUCGUUCAGAGGCCGCGGAGGAGGUGGUCGAGGCUUUGGAGGUGGCCGCGGAGGUGGCGGUUUCGGAGGAGGCCGUGGUCGUGGCGGAGGCGGCGGCGGAUGGGGACGACAGCCAGAGGGCCCUCCAGAAGAGGUUCAAGAAUUCGGCCACUUCACACACGCAUGCCAAGCCGACAUCGUAGUCAAGUCUGACAUCGAGAGUGUUCCAUAUUUCAAUGCGCCAAUUUAUAACGAGGACAAAUCUCAGAUUGGCAAAGUAGAUGAAAUAUUCGGCACUGUCAGGAACUAUUACAUUUCUGUAAAGCUCUCCGACACAGUAAACGCGCAGUCCUUCAAACCAAAACAGAAGGUGUUCAUUGAUCCUGCCAAGUUACUUGGCCUCCAACGCUUCUUACCUCAACCCCCUGGUGCCAAACGUGGAGGUGGAGGUCGCGGCGGUAGAGGAGGAGGCCGUGGUGGCGGAGGUCGCGGAGGCGGCGGCAGAGGUGGAUUUGGAGGUGGCCGCGGCGGAGGAGGAGGCUUUAGUAGGGGCGGCCGAGGAGGAGGAGGUGGAUUUAGUCGAGGCGGUGGCGGCGGUUAUGGAGGCGGCGGCGGAGGUUAUGGCGGUGGCCGAGGAGGUGGCGGAGGUUUCAGAGGAAGAGGCGGCGGCGGUGGAUUCAGAAGAUAAGAUAUUUUCCAUGAU